AUGAUACUGCUUUGAGGAUAAAUGUGAAACUAAAAUAAAUUUGAAUGAAGAUAUUGUUUUACUUUGCUGCUGUAAUGUUUUUUAUAUCAUGGACAAAGGCUUCAGUGAAUGGCACUGAAAAGAAUAAAAAAACAUUUUGUAUUUCUUUCUAUUUCUGAUCUGCCAUGGCUCCACCACAUGGAAUCAAGUUUCGUUAAAGGCUGGCAGUGAAGGAGAGUUAUGCCCUCAGGCUGACAGCAUUGGCUCCUCAGGCAGUACCAGUACUCUUGCUUCCUCUGUCAUUGAAGUUGAAUCUGGUCGUGAUGAUCUGGCUUUAUGUCAUGAUGAGGAGGAUAUUUCCCCACUCCCUCCACCACCAACAAUAUCCAUUACUGAGGAAAUCAUGCAGUUUAUUAACCAGAGCCGUGUUCGAGAAGGCAUGGCGGAGUUAACGUCUGAAGUGUGCCAGUCGAUUCCAGAGUUCGUGGAUGUCCAGUCACUGGAGGAACAGCAGCUGGAUGAAUCCACGUCACUAGUAUCUGAGGUGGAUGAAAAUGAGAAGCAGACAAUAUAUACCAAACAAUCAAAGGCACAAAAAAGUAUGGUAGAUUAUGUGUUAGACAAAGACAAGGACAGCCAUCCAUCCUGUGAGUCAAGUGAUUCUCCACCAGAGGACCUUGAGAGACCAUCAUCACCUCUGCACACCUCUAAUGAGGUGAAUCAAUUAGGAGAAUUGACAUACACAGAGCUCAGUCAAGUUGAUUCAACUGAAACAAAAUUGGUCAAUGCCAUAAGUGAAAAAGAGGGCAAAGAUACAGAGGAUACAUUUACUGAAAGGGAAGAGUCUCAUCUAGAAGAUAAUUUGGAUAAAUCCUCUGAUGACACGUCACGUGUGGCCAAGUCAGCUCCUGCUCAAAUCUCUACUACAUCGGAAGCAACUGACAGCUCUCUUGUCCCCAAAGUAGAAGUGGAGCAGAAGCUGACCAAAAGUGACAGGCAGAUUAUUGAGAAGAUACGCAGCUAUUAUGAGGCAGCAGAAGCAGGUGUUGAGGAAGGUCAGACAGCACGAAGAAACAGCUUCUCUAAUAUUCCUGCAGGUUUGGUAAAGGAUUCUGUGUCUCGAUAUAAUGUUUGUGUUCACCAGAAGAGCCUGGUUGACUCUGAGAGUCGCUCUGACUGUGUUGAAAAUUAUUCAUCAUCUUUAUCACUCCCUAUGUCGGACCAGGCCGAACAGAUUUUCACCCAUGAGGAAUCUGCAGAUACAGCCUCUCCCCUUUCACAUUCAGAUUUUAGCCAAGAACAAGAAGAAAUAUUAGAAAGUAAGUCAGCAGUUGUAAAAGAUGGACAGUUUUGUGAGUUUAAUCCUUGUAUGAAGCUCUGGAAAGAGAAAGAGGGGAUGGUUCAAGAGACUCAGACUAAUCUAAAAGUCCCUCUCUUGAGGGAGAACAGCUCUGGUGAGCCUACAGAUGCUUCUGAAAAAAAAGAGACAUCCAUAAAUCGCAUGAUGACUCAAGUACAAGAUAAACAAUCUGAUCUUUCACAGUGCGGCAAAGACAUUUCAAAUCCAUCAAAUCUGCAGACAACAGAGAAAGCUGACAUGUCUCUUCAACAUCUAAGUAGAACCAAAGCUAGGAUGUCUCCAAAUGGAGGCCUGGAUAGCUUUCCCAGUCAGAUUAAGGUUGGCCGAUGGUCUCGACAUGGCAAGGUGGUUACGUGUAGCCACACUCUUUAUGAAGGAAUGGCAGAGGUACCAGAUUUAGGAUUUUAUGAAGGUGGACCAGUCAGCCAGUGUUUGGUAGAGAAUUCAGAAAAGAUUCUAAAUAAAGUGCAAAUGCUUGCACGCAUGUACACUGCCAAGGCAAGCAGCAUGAAAGUACCACUACAUCAGAAGAGAACACGAGUGAGUAAGGGAGCAUGGGCAGUGGAGGCAAAAGUAAGCGUUCCACCCAAGUCCCAGCUACAGCUGCACCAGGGGGAUAUGAGAACACUAAGUCAACCCACAGAUCUUAUAGAAUCAUCAGUUCCUACACCUUCUGAGCCUUUUGGUCACAUCCUUGUAAGGGAGCAGUUUUCCACAACCUAUCACCAAGAAAACGACUGCAAUCUCAUAGGGCCCCCAGAAAAUAUAUCGCCAAUUGGAUCUAAUUGGUCUUUUUCUUCUGCUGAAUCCUCUGCUACAUCAGUUCAAACAUUAUCCAAAAGAAAAACUGUUAUGGAAUCACAGGUCUUUGUGACAUCAAACAAUAAAGAGAGCACCUUAGAAAAAUGUCAGUCUUUUCCUCAUGAAGCAGUUUCUCAAGAAGAUCAAUCCUUGUUACUUACAAUAUGUUCUGGAAUGCAGGCCCAAGCAGAGCCAGAAAUGUCUUCCAAUCUCUGCAGAUUCCCUUUGGAUCAGCAUUCUGACAAUGUAAUACAAGAGAACCAUUGUAUUGCCAUAGACAAAUCCAUUUCAAUAAAUGGGAUUGGAGAAGAACAUCAAAGAGAGAUAUUGCAAGAAGAGAACCCUACUUUUGUGAGCCCUUCUGGUUCAGCUAGUGAACUUCUUACUGACCCAGUAGUCAUUACACAUUCAGAAGAAGAGGCUCACAAUGUGGAGGAGAAAGAUAACUUAAUUGUAAAGCCCUGUGAGAGUGUGACAUUGAUGCUUAAAUCAGCCACAAAUGAUAAACCAGAUAAAACUGAACAUGCAGGACAUUUGACAUCCCAGCAGGCAUGGACUGAUGAUGAAACCACUGGUAGUGAGGAAUUAACAUCUAUAGUGUCUUCUGCUAUUGAUGUUGAAGCAUGCUCUCCACUACAGUCAGCACCCACCUCAGAUAACUGUGUUCAAACCCCAAUGAGAAGUGAAAUAACCACAGUGACCAUCUCUAAAAGAUCAGAGCAGUCAUGUCCUCUGUUGACGGAUCUAUUGCAAGAGGAUACAACUAACCCCACACAACUGGCACCUUUGCUUGAUUCGUGUGGCAAUUGUAGUCCCCUGGUUGUCAAAACCAAAGAAGACAUCAGCAAUGAUUCAAAACUUUCAAGCCCAUCCUCUACAUCCCCUCUAGGUGCACCUCUUUUGGAUGAUCUUCCAAGGUUUACUAGCCAAAGACCUUCCAAUAUUCUAACCACCACAGGAAAGAGGAGUCCAGUUCCUAAUUGGAAUUCAUCAUCUCUGGCCUCGACCCCCCAAAGACCGCCACAUACUUCACUGCAGAUUGAGGUACAGAUUCUAGAUACUUCCGUUUCUGAUCUUUCUCCUCACAGACAAUAUUUCUCCCAGUCUCUUAAUGAUAAGCCUCCCACUGGUUGUGGACGUCCACUAGAUGCAAAACCACCCUCUACCUUUAGCCCCAAUCUGCGAAUUCGUUCACCCUCUCCAAUUAGAGGUGCCCCGAUCCCCAGACCUUUCUCAACUGCCUCAGCUCUUUCAAAGUCUCUUGCUGCCUCUUGUAUCAGUCAGACAAUUUCACAAAGUAUGGCCAAAAGGAGUGCACGCCUCCACUCUGCGUCACCACCUGUUAGCUCCCCUCCUCCCCCCAGAUCCUCUAUAACAAUAAGGUCACCAUCUCCUAAAUCCAUUGAUCUAGACUCAAGUGUGGAGCCAAGUUUUGGGAGUACAUCCAAUACAGGAAUAGGGAGCCAACCCACAAGGUUCUCUCCUUCCCCCUUCAGAUCAAGCAACCUUCGAUCCAGUCCCGCAACAAUCCAGUCCCCUCCUCCUUAUCGUAGUCAACGAUCAAUAUCCCCUGCACCUCCUGUUAGCCUUCAUUCAACCUCUAAAAACCCAAGUUCAGUUGCACUGGAGCAGCAUCCUUACACCAUUUUAAAUGGCAAUAACAACAAUAACAACUAUUUGAGCAAUAAUGGUUGGGCGACUAACUACCAAAAAACACCACACUCAAAUGUGAGUGGAUCCCCUCAUUUAUAUGAAACCCAACGAACAACCUUGCAUAACAGGGUGGCUUGGCCUUUUCCGUCCUCUGAGCCCAGCUCUCGUGUGCAGUCGCCCUCCCCCUCUAUUUGUCCAUCUCCAGUCACUCAAAUCUGCUCCCCUUCACCUGCCCAGAACCAUACCAAUAACUUGAUAAUGAAGCCACCUAAUCCUCGGACCCCCAGACAAGGUGGAGCAGGCUCUUUUACCCCUCUAUCUUUGGAACUCUCAAGAUCAACAUCAGCCUGUUCAUUAUCACCCUGUGGAAGCCCCAGAAUCACCUCUCCUCCCCCUAUCAGCAUUCCUUCAAGUUUAUGGGGCUUUGCUAAUCCACAGCCAAGGAAUCCCUCAUUAACAAAUGUGUCUUCUCCAACAAAAGCAGAGGCAAGCUUUACACCAAGGGGCACCAGAAUCAUCUCUCCUAUUCCAACAGGAAUGUUGUCAUGUUCAACAACCAUUUCUCAGAGUCAAAGGAGGCAAAGGGGAAGCAGCUUGCCCUUUGUUACUCUAGGAGAUAGACCACCCAGCCCAGCUAGAUAUGAGCGAAGGUCUUGGGCAGAAAAUAGACGAUGGUCAUUGGGUUCAGAAUCAGGGUUAACAAGUCCUCAUGGGGGUUCGUGUGGUAGUCCAUCUUCCAUCAGUCCUGGCCCUCUAUCACCUGUCAAACUAGCACCUGGAAGGACCAGUCAUAGUGGAAAACAUUUCACAACCAUUGCCUGGCCAGAUGUACAUGAUCUGUUGACUAAAUACAACACAGAGCCCAAUACUCAAACUGAUACUUUUUCCUGCACAAAGGCAGAGCAAGAUGAAAUGCAGUUAGCAGAAACUACAUGCCGGAGCACCCUGAUUUGCCCCUAUGUUGCUCAAGCUGACUCUGGCUAUGAGACAGAGACUCCCAUUCAGUGCCCAAAGGAGGACAAUAGAGCAGACAAUGUGCCUAAUCAAGGGCCCAAAGCAACAUUAAAAACCAGCUAUGCCACCACUGUCAACUUGCAGAUUGCUGGCAGUGGGAGGAUAACAUCCUUUAGUAAUGCACAAGUCAGCCUUACUCAGACACUGGCACCUGUGACAGAUAACCAGAACAGGAGAAGGGUCAGUAUCAACAGUUGCAACUUCUCACUGUAAAACUGCAAAAGGCUUUGAGUGGUGUGCUACUGAGGUAUAGUAUGGUGCCUCAUGCUUAAAUGACACUUUAUCUGGCACUUUAGCUUAUAGCAGAGAGGUCAGUUAAGAGAUCUAGAUUCUCUUCACUCAGAAAGAUUCAUGGAUGAUAAAAUACGGGUGUCAGACAAUUGAUGCUAUGGUCAGUAAUAAUUUUAUAAACCAUUUAGUUACAAAAGGUGAUUAUCAAGGUUCCACCCUAGUUUCUAUCCAGGAUACCAGUAAAACAUCAAUGAAUCUACUUUGAUUUCUUUGCUAUAUUUGGCAGUGUUAUUUUAUUGCUCUUUUUAAAGACUGCAAUAUUCAAAUGAAUAUUAAUUCAUAUUAAUAUUAAUACAAAUCAAUCUGUAAUUGAACCAAAGCCUCUGUCAUUACAGGCUUUCAGCUGGCUGUGAUAUAUACAGAACUCGUAUUUAUGAAGUACUGUAGUUGUUUUCUGGCACUUAACUCUUGUUACUUUGUUUUGCACAUUUUUCUCUUAUGUGGUCCAGACGUGUCUGGAAAAUAAUGUGUUUCAGACAAAACAAUUCCAUGCAUGUUAAAUAAAAUUUUCAUUUCCUUUAUAUUCUUUUCUUUGGCAAAUUUAAUUGUAAUAUCCUACACAAAAAUAUGGAACAUGAAUCGUUGCUUUGAUUGAUGUUAGCCAGAACAUCAACCCAUCUUAUAUUUUUGUCAAAAUGUUUGCUGUAACACACUGAAAAAGCAUUCCAUCGUGCCCUUAAAAUUGUGCUGACUGGCAAAUGGACUUAAUUCAGUUUUAAUUUAGUUUAUUUUUAGUGUAAUAAGUUGUUGAUUUUUAAAGAAGUUUGUUAAAUGUCAAUUUGCUCAAGAAUCUAAGGGCAAUGAAAUGAAACCAAUGAAACUUGUGUCUCAGAUUUACUUACCUAAAGCCUUUAUGCACCACAUAAUGCUUUACAGAAAUGGUGCAAAGAAAUCAAAUCUUUUAUCUGUACUUUUUUUCUCUCUCUCUCAAAAUAAAUAAAUUGCAAGAUUUUCACAAUUUGUACUUAAAUAAAACCUGUGUAACCACAACUGUGCCAGUCUGAUUCCUCUAAAGGUGAACAUGUCAAGAAAUGCUGCCCUCCAAUAAUAUGACAUGGUUACCAUAGUUUGACAAAAUUGGCUACUGUAGUUACAAUUAUUGGGUGAAUACCAAACAGCAUUUUUGUGGGAAAGGGACGCUACUGUUCCAAACUAAAGUGAGCAACAACAAACAAAAAAAAAAAAAAAAAAAAAGGAUUCCUUAAUAAAGGGCCCUUCCACAAGGCCGUUUCUUUUAACUUUUCCUAGAUGAAAAGAUCAAAGAAAAAUCAGCCAAUGUCGUUCCACAAACGCUUAUGUCAACUAAUAUUCGGCAAAGGCGGCGAGAUUUGCAAUAUUAAAUUAUACUCUGUAGGGAGCAGACUACUUUUUAUGCCUCUAAUAUUUUAUUCCUGAAUAUCAGUGUGACCCAUACAAAUGGAGAUCCGAGAAACGUGUGGAUGGAGUCAACUACAUUAAAAAUUACAAAAGUAUUUAACCUUUACACAAGUCAACAUGACGACAAUGUUGUGCUUUUAGUUUGCACGGGUCCCGUGCAGAUGUUUGUAUGACUUAUGUAGGCAGUCCAGCCCAAUCACGAGGUGGUAUAUAAAGAUACUAGACUGGGCUGCACAUCGCAACUCUGUCGAGAGAACACUGUCGGGCACAUGAAGGACAUGAUUCGGAUACAGUAGUUUAUUUACCGUCAUUUCAACUGAACAUUGGAAUCUCAGCAUUUAUUAUUGUUUUGGUUUUGCAUAAGUGUAUUUAUUUUAUUAUUAUUUUUAUUGACAGCUAUAGAGGGGCUGAUAAAAAGACGUUGACUUCUAUCCUUUGACAUUAUUAUUCUGCAUAAUGAUCAGACGUGAAUCUGGAGCUCAGUCGGUGGAUAUGUUUAAGUCACUCCCUCCAGAAUGGUUUUUUCCAGUCAAAAUGUGGAUGACUUCAACCAUGUGCUCCACUGUGCACCUACGAAUAACCUCUAGGAGGGGGGAAAUGUAGCAGCUCAAAAUUUCCCCGUCUCUUCCUAACAGACCUGAUGAGAGAUCUCUUGGUUGGAACAUGUUUGAUACAAGAGCAUAUUUACUCAACUAUUCCAUGCAUUUCACUUCACUACUUCUGUAUGUGGUGAUCAUGUUGACGAGACAGAUCAAAGGAUGCAGCUUAGAGAGUGUGGACAUUGUGAAGAAGAUUGCAAUGGAGCUGCGCAAAAUGGAAACAAAUGAUUACAUGCUGUACACACCAACUCUAGCAGAUUAUGAGCAGAACUGCUCCAGGUCCACACUUACAUGCUUUGCAUUGGAAGUGAAUGUUUUGGUCCUUGAAAUCAAGAGUGUGAACAGGCAGUCUAAGCAAUUAUUUAAAAUGCUCAACAAUCUGAUCAAUAAGAAUCUGCAUGCAGGUCUUUUCCAUAUUAACAGUUCUCAGUGAUCACAGCUCCAAAAAUGACAAAAAAGACACCAAAAAGGCACCUUAAAAGUAGUCCAAAUGAAUUGUGUGCUAUAUUCUUAGUGUUCUAAAGUCAUACGAUAGCUUUGUGUGAGGAACAGACCAAAAUGUAAGUCUUUAUUCACUGAUAAUGUUCCGCUCCAAUGAGCUUUCAGAUUAAGAACUGCUGCAAUUAGAUCAUUAAGUCUGUGUGAAGAUUUUUUUUUUUUAUUCUCAUUUCUGUGGAACACAAUAGGAGAUGUUAAGCAGAAUACGAGUCUCAGUUACCACUGAGGCUGUCAUUACGUCUCUAUACAACAAAAGUUAAUGGUACCAAAUACUCCUUUUUUGUUCCACAGAAGAAAAUCUUAUGAAUUCAGAUUCAGAUUCAGAAUUCAGGAAUGUUUUCACAUGUCACACAGGACUAAAGCUACAGUAAAUCACUUUCUGUAAGUCUCUCUGGACAAAAGUGUCUGCUCUAUGCCUUAAAUGUAAAAGUGCUGCAAAUCAUUGUUUAAGAAGUGACAAAUUAAAGCAACCAGUAACAAUUUCAUUUUAAGAGUGAUAAAUGUAAUUGAGCAAUGAUUUCUAAGUUUCUAGGUUAGGAAUGGUUUCUACCUUAAUUUCAGGGAGUUUCUUCUUACCUUGUGCUUUCUCACUGAAGGAUUAGGCCAGACAUCCUGUAAAGCUACUACAUACUGUAUAUCUAUAAAUAUCCACUUUCAUAUUUACUUCCACAUUCUUCUUUUGUUUUUGUCAAUUCACAUUCUUUGUGCAUAUCACCACCUACUGGGCAGGGAGGAGAAUUUAUAGUAAAGUAGAAUUAAAUAUUGAUCUGUUUCUCACCCACACCUAUCAUAUCGCUUCUAAAGACAUGGAUUUAACAACUGGAGUCAUAUGGAUUACUUUUAUGCUGCCUUUAUGUGCUUUUUGGACCUUCAAAGUUCUGGCCACCAUUUACUUGCAUUGUAUGGACCUACAGAGCUGAGAUAUUCUUCUUCAAAAUCAAGCAAAACAGCACCGUCAAUCCACUUCUGUUAUUGUGCAAAAUGAUUGACAGGCAGAAAGCACAUCAAAGGCUGAUCAAAGAAUGUGUCCACUGCCCACGGUCAAAUUUUUGUUUGCUCUUUACACAGUCUGCUGUUACAGAGACCAGUGAGAUAUCUCAGGACACUAUAUUAUUUUAUACUAUAUACUAUACUUCAGUGAUAUCUUUCAGGGAAAAGUAUUAUUUUUGCACACCAUUCCAUAAAAAAGGAAAGAUACGCAAUAAAAUGUCCUACCUCCUGAAAGAUAUUAAUUAAAUCAGAGGUGCAUAGGGGUGCCGUAUAAAGGGGGUCGCCGGCGGCUCAGUAAAAGGGGCGCAAUCGCUUACAGCACCUUUAAGUAAAUGUAAAGAUACCUUUAUGGAAAUUGACUCAAGCAAAAGUUAAAGUAGCUCUGAGAAAAACACUUAAACAAAAGUUUUAAAGUAACAGACCACUUUUCGAAAUGAUUUGGCCGAUUCAAAAGAAUCAGAUGGAUAAAAAUAUUUCCACUGAAACUAUUUUUUCGCAAAUCAAUAUCACCCAUGCUGUUUACAUUUGCAGCUCUGUUCAUUUUUGUGUUGUUUAGUUGUAAAAUAACGAAAGGGUCUGGCAAAAUGUAUUGGACUAAAAGUAUUAAUUUUUAUUUCAAACUGUAGUGAAGUAAAAGUGAAAGUCAACAGCAAUAUUUAUACUUAAGUAGAAAUAUUUAAAAAUGUACUUAAAGGAAUAUUCCGGUUUCAAUACAAGUUAUCGACAGCAUUUGUGGCAUAAUGUUGAUUACCACUAAAAUUAAUUUUAACUUAU